AUGUUCGCUUUUGUCCCUGAAUCUCCCGUCUACCUGAUUAAUCAAGGCCGACUCGACCAAGCGAAGAAGUCUCUGCAUACUCUCCAUGGGAAAUAUAACUUUAUCGAUGCGCGAUCCGCUCAUCUGAUGCACGUCAUUCGACACGAAAACUCUGGCAACCAGAUUGGGGCUGGAAACUACAUUGAUUGUUUCAAAGAAACAAAUCUCAGGCGCACAUUGACCGUCGUUUUUGUCCUUGGUGGUCUAAAUAUCUACGGCGCUCAGCUUCUUGUCCAAAACAUUUACUUCUUGCUCAUUGCCGGCCUUCCAUUUGUCCAUAUUCUCGACAUUGGAAUUGGCGGUAUGGGACUUGGCCUCUUCUUCACUGUAGCUAGUCGCGAUGGAGAAGCUCGGCCGCCGUCUCAUCUUCCUGUCUGGCCCCUUCUUAUCCGGAAUUUCCUACUUGUUGUGGGUGGGUUGUAUUACGCCCCCGGCUUGGGUCCUAUCUGGGCUGUGGCUAUCAUUCUCAACUUCCUCAUUGCUUGGGGAGUGUUGUCUUUCAUGUCUGUCGGGUGGGCUACUGGCGCGGAACUUUCCUCCCACAAGUUGCGAGCUAAGACACAGUCCCUUGCUGUCAUCUCUAGUGCUUACUUUGCUUGGUUCUUUUCUUUUAUUACACCAUUCAGGUAUAGUGUGGACUCUGGAAACCUGGGGGCAAGGACUGGAUUUAUCUUUACGGGUCUUUGCACCAUAUACGUGGUUAUGGCGUACUUUGUUGUGCCUGAAGCAGUGGUCCAAGUUCGCCUAGUUGGACUGGAUGCAUGA